GGUCGCUGAACUUGUGGUCGCCAGAUUCAAGGAGCGAUAGAGAGUUUUCUAGAAAACCGUCCGUCAGUCGCUGUGCAUUGUCUAGUUAUUGAACUUAAAUAAAGACAGUUGGACCAGUGUACAACAUCAUAGCUUAUAAUGGCGUCAGUGAAUGACCAGAAUGAGAAGCAACCUGAAACCUUGGUAACCCCUCAAACUCAACAACCAAAUCCUGUGCCACCACCUCAAAAGCAGAGAUAUGACUGGUACCAGACAGACACACUUGUUACCAUCAAUAUACUCAUUAAGAAAGCCAAGGAAGAAGAUGUCAAUAUCAUUCUCACCAAGAUUACAUUGAGUGCAACGGUCAAGCAACCCACUGGGAGUGAUUACAGCUUGGAAUUAGACCUAGCUCAUCCCAUCGUUCCAGAGAAAAGCACCACUAGGAUACUCAAUAGUAAAAUAGAGAUCAGACUAAAGAAAGAAGAAGCUAUCAGAUGGAGUAAGCUGGAAGGUGAAGAUAAUAUCCCCCAAGCAGUCAAACCUGCAGCAGAAACUGCAGAAGCCUGCAGCAACGCCGUAGACAUCAAUAAAUACCCGACUUCCAGUCAUGGGACAAGGAACUGGGACCAGAUAGCAAAGGAAUUUGAGAAGGAGGAGGAGGAAAACGCCAAAGGGGAGGCGGCCCUCAAUAGUCUCUUCCAGAAGAUUUAUGCCAGCGGAGAUGAAGAGACUCAGAAGGCCAUGAAUAAGUCAUUUGUGGAGUCGGCCGGGACAGUCUUGAGCACUAAUUGGAAAGACAUUGGUGCCAAGAAGACAGACAUCAAGCCUCCCGAUGGUAUGGAGCACAAGCAAUGGGAUUCAUGAUCAUGCCCUGCUCCCAAGUGGAGUGAAUUCACAAAGCUUUGUUGAACUGUAAAAACUUUUUUCGGGAAUCAUUGUGUGAACUAAAUUGGAACGUCAAAUUCUAUACCUUCAACAUCUAAAACUUGUUACAUUGGUGUGGAUACUUCCAGAUGUGACAACGAUAGAACCACAUAUUGGAUCUUGUGUGAAACUCAUUCUUUAUUACCCAUUACCGUAAGACUCUAUACCAGCUACAAGCUUUGCACAUCAGUUGAAGUACUCUAGCGUCAGCUGUAAAACCCACGCUUCUUCUGUAUAUCUUAUUUCGAUGUCUGUAUGAAAACAAUUUUAUACAGACUAUAUUUGUUAUACCAGGUUUAACCUGAAUCAUAAGAACGUUAUUAUUAUUAAUAAUAAUAAUAGUGGGUUCUUGUAUAGCGCCUAUGUCUGUUAGACUCGACACUCCUGGCGUUCCCGAUUAAUGACUUCCACAGUACAUAAACGUCAAUGAAAUGGCCACAUGAACAGCACACGUUAUCACAGACGAAACCAAAAUCAUUGCAAAAUGUAUGUGAAACCUAUUUUGUCAGCAUAUAUGUAUAUGAUAAAAUCCACCUUGAUUUUGGGCCAGUGAGGGGAAUAUUUCUGUUUGAGCUUUAUUACUGUAAAACUGUGCAUUGAAAUAAAAAAGAAUGCAUUUUCUCUCUUAAUCUGUCGUACCGUAUGCAGGACCUUUCUUCUACAACUACCGGUACUAACAUUGCACAGAGGUUAAAAUUAAGUUUUGACAGACUUGUGAACAAUAACAGUUUUUUAUAACAAAAAUAUCUUUUAUAAUGAAUUACAAAAAUAAAAAUAAUUUGCAAAGUUGAUUGUGUUAUAAUCUCCUAUCAUAAAAUAUGAUUUCAAAUAUAUGUUCACAUAAUUGUCCACCUCAUUUUGUAGCUGCUGAUGAAUAUUACGAUACAGUUUGAAAGGGAUAGUGAUUCUUCAAUGUUGAGGGAUUUGUAUGCUAAAGUAGUGUGUCUGUACUGAUGCUCACAGCCUAAUCACAGAAUGUCUUGUACAUUGUACUUCUGUCCAUUUUAUUUUGUGGGUACUGGACUUAUUGUACUCUGCGUAGCAACCUGGUAGUUGGCUCAGGUCUGAUAUAGCAACUAUGAACAGUGGGGUUAGACACCCAAACCAAAAUUCUGAUGGUGUUAAUUUGAGAGUGGAAGUCGAGGGUGACAUUUGAAUUUCAAAUGACACAAUUCAAAUAAGCCUGAAGACAGCAGCAAGAUCAUUUGAUAAGCAAACACCAUUACCGGGGUGGCUAUUUCUCCCUAAAAGAGAUAACGUUUAGGAAUCGGGUGUUCUCUGUAUAAAGCCUAUGAGAAUUGGGUUGAGAUCGUGAUUUCAAAUGCUUCAUGUAAUUAUUCCUUUUGCCACAUAGACAUGGAGCUCGAAACACGACAGUUUCAUGAUAAUUUCAAGAAAUCGGAAGAGACUGAUGUUCUCCUUUAUAUGUAUUGCCUACCCUAACAAUAAUUUCAUUUAAAUGAAUGCUACAAAGUACAAACAAUUAUAGCAUAAAAUCAAUAAAGUUUAGACGAUAAUAAAAAAAUCAAACAUUCGCUGACCUACUUCUCUGACUUUUCUGCUUUUAUCCAAAGUAGCAUGUUGGGAGACUACUUCUAUAAUGUCAGAAGUGUCUAAAUGGGACAUGUAAUUGACUUUAGGUGUUUAGGUAAUAGGCACAUGAUUAAAUUCAUGUAACCCUUACACUUUUGCACCAUUUAAUUUAUAAAUAUUGUAUAUCAACGCCUUUGAUUAGGCAACGAGAUAUUGGCACUUUAUAAAUUCCUGGAUUGGAUAUGUUAAGAGCAAGACGCUACGUUUCAUUCCAAAUGAAAUUUAAAUUGUAUUGUGGUAAUUAUUUGGAUGGUUCAGUUAUGAUUGACAAAGUCAAAAGUGCACUAGUUUAAAUUUCAAUGUUGCAAUGUAAAUUUACUCUUUUUCUUGUAAUAUUUGCAGUGUACAAGUGUUUCACAUUUUCAAUUCUUUUCUUCUUUUUUUUUAAUAAUAUAUAUAUCAUCAUCUUCACUAUAAAAUUGAAUUUGCUUUGUAAAAUUGCAGAGUAAUUAACAUACAUUGUUCAAAUGUAAGAAAUCAUACAACCAUUAUCAACAACAAGAAAGGAGCCAGUAAUACCUACUUGGAAAUAAUUCUCAUUUUUCUGUGAAGUUAUGUUCUCUUAAAUUUUUCUUAUUGAAUUCUGUCAUAUGAAAGCUUUAUUGUUCAUCAUACUACAAGAAAUAAAAUGAUUUUAGUUCCCUCAUAAAUACAAAAGAUGACUGUAAAACUGCAAUGUGUUCAUAAAAAUAUUUCAUUUUAUAAAAUUGUUCAUGUCUUUUAAUACAA